CCGACCGAGCGCCACCACAUUCCCGAAUACUUCAACAAAGUUAAUCCGAUGAAAACUGAGGACACGUACAAAAUUGCUCGCAACUACAUGAUUGACACGUAUCGACUGAAUCCCAUCGAAUACCUGACUCCUACAGCUGCCCGAAGGAAUCUCUGUGGAGACGUUUGUGGGUUGCUUCGAAUCCACGCGUUCUUGGAGCGAUGGGGCUUGAUCAAUUACCAGUGCGAAGCGUCGUGGGAAGACUCGAACACGGGUUCGGGUCCCGGGAACUUAGCAAAUAAUUCGCAAAACACGGGAUCCUCGAGCAUCAACUUGGCGACUCCAUCUUCUUCGCAUUUCAAAGUCGUCGAUACGUUGAGAAGCAGCGGGAUGAAGACGCGAGAGAGGAAGAAGGAAGAGGAUGGUCAGCAGCAACUUUUCGACGUUACAACAUUGAGCGAUGUUGGCAGUGAUGGAGAAGACGACGAAGAAGAGGAAUCGAGGAAAGGGGAUUUCGUUCGGGCUGGUUUCAUUCCUGGAACUCUUUACAAGAAAGUCGACGAAGAAGAAAUGAAGCGACGAGUAAAAGAACUUGGUGGAAUGGAAGAAGACGAUAACGUUUCGGAGCACUCUACGGGCAGUAAUAAGGACGCUGUCGUGCCUCAAGUAGAUCAAGAACUACUGAAAUUUUCUUCCAACUUGCAACCGGCGAAUCACUUGGAGAAGCAUUCGAGUUUGAUAGCGAAGAUGAAUCUUGAAUUAAGCACAGAUCAAUACGGACGACUCGGAGUAGGGGUAGUGCCAUCAUUAGAGUCUUCGGCAACUCAGUCCUCGGCGAGUCAAGUUAUUCGGGAUUGGAGCGAUCAAGAAGUUCUGUUAUUGCUGGAAGGUCUCGAAGCCCAUGGACAGGACUGGGAGCAGAUUGCCAAGCAUGUCGGAGAUCGUUCAGUAUCGGAAUGCGUUGCCAAAUUUCUCCAAUUACCACUGGACUGUACGGAAGAGGAUGACGCGGAUGCGAGUGGCGAUGCGGUGAUCAAAGAAUCGGUAACCGAGGAUUUGUUCAAGACAGUUGAGCAGUUUCUCAGUGUUAUGCCGAAACAAGUUGUGAGUGCGGCGUCUAACGCAGCCAUGGCAGAGUUUGCUGCGCUCAAGGGUGUGCAACAAGAUGAACUCAGAGCCAAAAUGGAUGGGGUCGGGGAUGAAGACUAUGCUCAAGCAUGCUUGCUGCAGUGCACCGGAGCAACGUAUCUAGCAUUAGCGGCAAUGAAAGCUUCGCUGCUCGUCGAAACAGACGAAAAGCGUUUGCAAGACGAAACCGCAGAGCUGCUUCAAUCAAUGCUGCGGAAAAUGCGUGUUAAAGAAGCCCACUUGGAUGCGCUGCUCAACAUCCAAGAGAAGCAGCACGAAGCUUUGCAAAAAGAUCGGGCACAAAUCGCAUUUGAAAGAAAAGUGUACCAGAACGAUGUUGCGAGAGCUAUGGAGUCCAGAAACCGACAAAAUAGCCUACAAGCAAAUACUGCUCGACCGCAAGCUAACCGGACAGAAAUAUUGCGGCCUAAGUAGUAGAAAAAGCCAGCGAGCAAAUGUUGAAUUCGGCUUUUCAGCAUUUUUUGUUUUUGCAAAUUUAUUAUAUCUGUUGGAAAAUAACUUGAGUGUAUUUUUUUCGUGCGACGUAAGCCUUUUACGAUGCUUGCAUCUCUAAUCAGCGUGUGCAUGACAUCUUCGGUGUAGAGAUAUUUUUCCAUAUGAUAUUGCUGUUCUCCGAUGUUGGGUGACGAUCUCGUGGUGUAUCAUCAUAAUUCAUCUGCCUCUCGUGGUUUUACAUGAACGGAUUUUUCAGGCGAUUGGAUUUCCUCGCAAUUUUAUGUGUCGUAAUUUUUGCUAGAAACGUGUGUGGCGAAAAAGAAUGUUGAGCAGGUCUUCGGAAAACGAGCACAAUGAAUGGAAAAAAACUG